AUGUCCUCACAUCCAGAUCAGUCGUACCAGUAUAGCGACGCGGACUCGUCCCAGGCCCCCAGGGUCCCUCGUCGGACUGCCAUGGCUUGCCAGUUCUGCAGAGGCCGAAAACUCAAAUGCGACGGCAAUCGCCCGUCGUGCACCAACUGUGACAAGCGCGGGUUUGCGUGCAACUACGUUCCAGUAAUAAAUAGCCUCUGCACUAUGCUGGUUCUGGGUUCGGUCUCUCAGCUAGUCUUGAUGGUAGAAGUUGAAUUGUUCGAGCUCCGCAUCGUCGUCGUCCUGUUCUCCUCUCCUCCGCACCGUCCUCGGGAUACACACGCCAUCGUCAUGGCUUCGGACCGUUUGAAGGACCGAGCGAGGACGCUUUUAAAACCGACAGAGAAGGCGCGUUCGAAACAAUCAGAACCUUGCAUCUCCGAGUCCAUAGGAUCAGCGUUCUGCACGUUCCUCGGUGCUCAGCAAAGUCCAGCUGUCGUUGAGAGCGUACCGUAUACGUAUAAUCUAGAGUAUUGA